AUGUCCCUUUCCAGAGAUGUGAGCAAAGCCUGCCCACUUUGUGGCAGUGCCAUUCUCAAGUAUCGUGUCCACUUUCGUUCUUAUGUCAGCAUGUGCUCCAACAUCGAGUGCCCAUUCCCAUGGCAUUCCAGUGACGAACAGUCGGUUACGUCCGGCGAUCAUCAUCACGCUGACAACGGUCAGGCACGCUCCAAGCAAGACGCCCAUGCCAUUCCUUCCGCUGCAACGCCAACCUCCCAGCCGUCGCCAAAUCGUCGUAGUGUAGCGGGUGAAGAGUCAAUGUCAGAGUCAGUGAUGGAUCAUGCAAAGUAG